AUGAAAACCGUGGUGGUUCUUUUGUGCUGUUUACAACUGGCGUUGUGCCAAGGAGAUCCCAAAGACUCCAAGGAGGUCAACUACAAAAAGUACAUCGGCGAGCAGGUCUACGUGAGUCUGAAGCGACAUUUUCCCCUACCACCUCAUUUUCCAGAAUCUUCCUUUCAAAACGCGAGUCAGCGAACCAUUCGUCGUCGGUCAGACCAUCCACGCAGUCGGAACCUUGAACGAGAAGCCCACGCGGUAAGAAUCGACUUUUCCAUGAGGUUUCUGAAAAAACUGUUUAAUUUUCAGUGUCGACUUCAACUUCCACAAAGGAGCCGCCAAGGACGCCGACUUGCCUCUUCACUUCUCCAUCCGUUUCAAUGAAGGUAUUGAGAAAAACUGAAUAUCUUGAUCCAUCUGGAUUUCCAGGACUUCUUGGAUCAGGCAAACUGGUCUAUAACACCUAUGAGAACGGCAACUGGUCUGAAAACGAGCAGCGCAUUUCCAACCCAUUCAAGGCCGGAGAGGAGUUCGACCUCCGCGUCCGCAUCCUCGAGAACAAGUUCCAGGUCUGUAUUUCUGUUUGGUUUCCACAAAGUUCCGUGAUUCCAGGUCUUCGCCAACCGCAAAGAGGUCGGCACCUUCGAACAACGACUUCCUCUUGACGGAGUGCGUUUUAGAAUAAUUAGUCGAGAUGGAAAAAAUACUACAGAUUGACCACGUCUCUAUCCGUGGCGACCUCUUCAAGCUCCGACUUUUCCACUACGGAGGCAGAAUCUUCCCAAAUCCUUACAUGGCGGUCGCUGAGCUUCUUCCCGGCAAACGACUCGACAUCUCUGCCCUGCCAACCGGCAAACGCGUCAACAUCAACCUCUAUCGCGAGAACAAAGAGUACGCUCUCCAGGUGUGGAAAUCUAUCCAUUCAGGAGAAAAAAAAAAGAAUUUUCAGAUUUCUCUUCGCUAUGGAGAAGGAGCCAUCGUCCGCAACGCGAUGACCAACAACGUCUGGGGCAAGGAAGAGCGUGAAGGAACUUUCCCCCUCACCAAGGGCGAAAUGUUCGUUCUCAUGUCUUCCUAGUACUUAUUCUAUGGUUUCAGCUUCGACGUCACCAUCAUCAACGAGGAAUUCUCUUAUCAGAUCUUCGUCAAUGGAAAACGGUAGUUUUCACUUAGCAUGAGUUGUGAAAGAAAUGUUUACUUAAGAUUCACGACGUUUGCUCAUCGCGGCUCUCCCCGUGACGUCAAGACUCUGGAGAUCGACGGAGACGUCGAAAUCCACACCGUCACCAUCAACGACGCUCCGGGCAUCUAA